CUGGCAUGUACUCGUUAGGCUGAAUGGCCUCUUUCCAUGGCCUCCACUGGAGUUGUCUCACCUCUACAAUGGGCAUGUACAGUCUCGUUGGGCCGAAGGGCCUGUUUCCAUGGUCUCCACUGGCUAGUCCCACCUCCAUAUUCUACCGUUUAAAAACUGAACCAGGAGCUAUGUAUUUCUACAGACAUUGAACCCUGAAGAAAAACACUCGUGUUUGUGGAUACCAAGAUGUAUAAUAUAAGUCUGGGCGAUUUUGCCUUGCAACUCAUUUCCAGUUCAAUACGGAUGUGAUUUGACCAAAUAGCGAUUACAAUGUGUGCAUAUUUUGUUAAAAGUCCGUUGAAAGUGUUGGGUGACAACCGUGUGUGGUCCAGUUGUUUACAAAAGAACGGCCCCAUCGUUAACUACUGAUGAAUUAGGUUUCACAUCAAAACAAACCUGAUACUCAACGGACUGUUCGGAAAGGCACUUGUAGUGCAGCGCACCACAUCAGGAGAUGCCGCUUGUUUGAGUAAUGCAUUUUGAUUGGAACCAGGUAUCUGAUUCCAAUCGUUGAGAAGAGGAUGAACUCUAUUGCUCAUCAUUGCAUGAUACAGGGAUGUAGGCUGGGUUUAACCAGACUGACUGGUGCUGUAUUGGGCGGCAAUGUUACUGGUGCCACAGGCUGGGAGCGAGGGAUGAGAGAAUGUCAUUCUUCAAGCACUCACUCGGCUACUGAUGGAAUGAAUGACUGCGGGACAAUGAUGGAGCAGCCUCCGCUCACAUCUCCAUAAGCAUCACUUUAUUUCCCGGAGAAGGGGUGGGAGGGGGUAAAAUAAACAAAGUGAGCCCCAACAUAUCACUCUGGGUGCGCGGAUGUGAAACCAUGGCUCCAGGGCUCACUUGGAUUGUUGUUGCUUUCUGCUACCUCACAGACUCUACAGGGUUUAUUAGCGCCGAGCUACGCACGGAGACGGCGGGGAAUGAACAGCCAAAAGGCAGACCCGUGUUACAGGGAAACGCCAAACCCCAGCGAUUAAUCCACAGCGUCCACUCGGCAACCGAGAUCAAACACGAUCGGCUCGACACGAAAAUCCGAAAUAGCAACAUCGCUGCUCACUUCAUUCAUCUGGCACAUGCAAGUUUCCAGGUAGAUGUGUUCGGUUCAUCCUUCAUUUUGGAUCUUGAUCUAAACCAUGAUUUGCUGUCAGCGCAUUACAUUGAACGACAUUUCAAUGAGGCAGGAAACACCACACAGACAUUGGGUGUCGAACAUUGUUACUACCAUGGGGAAAUCAGAGGAGUCUCCAACUCAUUUGCGGCCAUGUCAACAUGCCACGGACUGAAUGGUGUAUUUUAUGAUGGGAACUACACUUAUGUUAUUGAACUAACAGACAACAAGACUGAUCAGCAUGAUCGGCAAUCUCAUAUUGUGUACAGAUAUCCUGGUCUUGAUAUCCCAGUGGGAUGUGCUUCAUCUGGGUGCUUUACUGAUGAUAACACAUGGCAGGAAUUUCCUGACAAGGUCUUAAAGAGACGAACCAAAAGGCAGAUUCGUCGAGGACAACGUACUGUUCUGAGGGAGACCAAGUAUAUCGAGCUGAUGGUUGUCAAUGACCACACAUUGUUUUCCAAGAAGCGUUACUCUGUCUCCCUGACAAGUAACUUUGCCAAAUCGGUUGUGAACUUUGCUGAUGCUAUUUAUAAGGGACAACUGAAUACGCGGAUCGUGCUUGUUGCUAUGGAAACAUGGGCAACUGGAGACAAAAUGGACAUUAAUGAAGAUCCAAUGGUUACACUGAGAGAUUUCAUGGAAUACCGAAGGGACCAUGUCGGUGAUCACAGUGAUGCCUUUCAUAUGUUUUCAGGCCGCAUGUUUCAAUCCAGCCACAGUGCAACGGCCUACAUUGGAGGAAUCUGCUCUCUAUCUAAAGGAGGAGGCAUUAAUGAGAACGGAAAUAUUGCUGCAAUGGGUGUCGCUCUGGCACAAAGCUUGGGCCAGAACCUUGGAAUGAUGUGGAGUACCCAGCAGGCAGGACCCAAUAAUUGCCGGUGUCCUGAUGUCUGGCGUGGUUGUAUAAUGGAGGAUACAGGGCACUAUCUCCCAAGAAAAUUUUCAAGAUGCAGCAUCAGCGAUUAUAAUCAGUUGCUACAAGCUGGAGGUGGCACCUGUCUUUUUAACAAACCUCUCAAGCUAGUUGACCCUCAAGAAUGUGGGAAUGGAUACGUGGAAAAUGGAGAAGAGUGUGAUUGUGGAUCAGCAGCAGAAUGCAGCAGAGCUGGUGGGAACUGCUGCAAGAAGUGUACUCUUACCCACAAUGCAAUGUGUAGCAAUGGCCUCUGCUGCAGAGGUUGUCAGUAUGAACCACGAGGUGAGAUUUGCAGGCAGUCUGUGAAUGAGUGUGAUAUUGCAGAGACCUGCACUGGGGAUUCCAGCCAGUGCCCCUGGAAUGUUCAUAAGCUGGAUGGCUACUCUUGCGACAAUGAUCAGGGCCGUUGUUUAGGCAGCAAAUGCCAGACCAGGGACAGGCAGUGCAAUUACAUCUGGGGUCAUGAUUCUGCAGAUCGAUUAUGUUAUGAAAAACUGAAUGUCGAGGGAACUGAGACGGGAAACUGUGGCAAAGAUGGUCAAAACUGGCUUCAGUGCAGCAAGCAGGAUGUUCUUUGUGGUUAUCUUUUCUGUUCAAAUAUCACUCAGCCUCCAAGACAUGGAACUCUCAUAGGAGACAUUACUAGCAUGGUGUUUUACCAUCAAAGCAAGUACCUGGAUUGCAGGGGCGGUCACGUCGAAUUGGAUGAUGGCACCAGACUUGGUUAUGUGGAAGAUGGCACUGCCUGUGGACCCGACAUGAUGUGUCUUGACCACAAAUGCCUACCAAUACAAGCCUUCAACCUCAGCUCUUGCCCACAGAGUGCAAAUGGGGAAAUCUGUUUCAACCACGGGGUGUGCAGUAAUGAGGCACAAUGUAUAUGUGUCCGUGACUGGACAGGGAAAGACUGCAGCGUCUUUGACCCAUUUCCAGAUCCAACUCCAGCAGAGGAUAAAGAAGGACAGUACAAGGGUCCUAGUGGUACCAAUAUCAUUAUAGGGUCCAUCGCAGGCGGCAUCCUAGUGGCUGCCAUUGUCCUAGGGGGUACAGGAUGGGGAUUUAAGAACAUCCGGAGAGGAAGGUAUGAUGCUGCACAACAAGGAGCAAUUUAAUCACCGCGUAAUGUUCUUGCUACUGCUUUGCAUCCGCAAGCUUAUUAUUGCCAUUUCAUUUACUGCUCAAAAAUACAUUGUAAUUGGUCUGAAGAAGAGUCCCAAUCAAAAACGUCACCUACCCAUGUUCUCCAGAGAUGCUGCCUGACCUGCUGAGUUAUUUCCACAUUUUGUAUCUUUUUUUUUUUGAUUGGUUCAUUUAAUUAAUCAAUGAACAAUAUCUACAUUUAAUAGUUUGUAUCUACUGAGAAAUUGUUUUGGGGUUAAAACGUAAUGAUACUCAAAGGAGUUCUCUGAUAUUGAAAAGGGAAUAAGUGAACUGAAGGAUCUAUUGAAAAGGUGCGGGACAAAAGAUAUGCUUAAAACAUCUUAAAUGGAGUGCCAUGGGUUUAGCAGGGCAGGGGCAUUGGGUAUAGAGCCUUCUUGGGGAUAUUUUUAUUUGCAAUUGUGUGAAGGAGAGUUCUUUGAACUUUUCUUUGAAUAUAAUGUAGCGUUUAAAAACCACUCAAAACAAAAAUCGCUCCAGUGAAAGGAUUACAGUUUUACAAAGAAAACAUUGCUUUGCCUUGCCACGGGACAUGUCAUGUAUUUUUAAUGGGCAGCUCUCUGCAACAAUCGACUAUUAUGUGCCCGUGAAGAACCCUUUUGUUGUGAGCCAGGGACGAUUCAAACAAUUGUGUUCUUUCCAGUAUCUAUAGUCUUAAAUACUAACCACUAAUCCUUGAUUUUUGUCUGUGCGGCAUGGUAGCAUAGUUUUUGCUUGGUAUUUUAUUUGCAACUCGUUUCAUUGCUCUUUUGAAGUGGAACUACAUAUUUGAGCCAUAGUCUCAGAUCUGAAUUCUCCCACUGCCAUUGUGUAUCGUUUCAUAUCAUUUCAUUCCAUUGUUACACCAACUCUCACUGCAACAUUAAGUUAUUUCUUUUGCUUCCAAGUUGCUAUGCCUUUGCCCUGUUUCUCUAGCUGUGCUAUGAGUUAUCUAUCUGUGCAAUAUUUGACUUCUUUCUUGCAGAUCUGGAGGAGCAUAAACUAUCUUCCGUCUGUAGAAUAUACACUCUCUGCUCCAGUAAAACCAUUGUCCACCAAUGCUCAAGGUGAUGAACUUUAACUUUCUGAUGUUGCUGUUGAACACAGCCAGGUAAUACUGGGAGAAUCCAACAUUCCAGAAACUAAAGGAAGUUGAACUGUAAUUUGAAAGAAAAGCUGAAGAGAAACUUCUGAAAUAUAGUGAAAUCUAGCGUCUACUUUUUAAUCAACGGUUACAUUUUUAUCCUGUUUACAACUUGGGAUUCAAAUGGCAAAAGGUCAAGUGUGGGGCGAGAUUGAUUGCCAUUUUGAAAAUGUACAAUCCAAUGGCAAAAUAAGCCAGUUUUGGGUUUAAUAACCAUUCUGGAUCUUGUAGCAGUAUUCUUGUGGCCAUAGUUGGUGACAUGAAUACAAUUAUGUUUAAAAUAAGGCUGAGUGCAGAUCACUCUGACCACUAAGAUGGUAUAGUCACGAACAACGAUAUGUUGUCACAGUGCAAAUGUCUAAACUGUGAAUAUUUAACCCACAGAUAUCCAAACCUUAAUUCUCUAUUAUGCUUCCAUUCCCUACUUCCUGGUUUGUCCUUCUCCCAAUGUUGUUAGUUUGAAGAAUUCAAAGCGGCUUUAUUAGCAUGAGUAGUGAAUAAAUCCGUAACUACGUAUGAGAUAUCUACUGGGAAAAUAACUUUAAAUGGACUUAGCAAGAUACCAGCCAAGAUGACUUAUCUAAGCAUAUUUAGGCACCGAUUUAAAACACAUGAGGAAAGUAGUAUGGUGUGGACUGUACUCAAUUCUGUUUUCUCAAUUCUCAGUUAAGCAAAACCUAAAAGAGAAUUAAAAAGUAAAAUGCAAGUAGUUUUUUAACUUUCACAUGUUAAUAAAGUUAACAGCAAGUUUGAAGCCCGCGUCAGUUGGUGUUAGGGUUCCAGAGUUACCUUACUGUGAGCCGAAAGGUUUCAGAUGUUAUAUCGCCUUCCAAUAUAUUACCAGGCCUCCGGUCUGACAGGAACCCAACAGGUCCCACUUGGACUUAUACAUUCAAUAUCUGAAGAGUGUCAUGUUUGAAUGGCCUUUACUGUAGUUUGAAACCAGGACAAUCCCCAUCCACUCUGUUUCCAAAAUGUUUGGUUGGCCAAAGGAAUCUGUUCAGAAAAAUCAUGAAAAGAACCUUGCAGAAUGCAGUCAAUGCAGGAAUUAAAUAUUUUUCUAGAUCCAUUUAGUGUAAGCUAAGGGCGUUCAACAUUUGUAACUGCUAUCCUUCACAUGAUUGAAACAGCAUUGACAUUAUAUUGUUCAGAUUGGUUUUUAGGAAGUAAAAUUUAAAACUUUAGGCUUAAAGUAUGGAAUUUAAAGAACAUGAGAAUAUACCAAAGGACAUGGGAUAUUAUUUGCCAAGCUUGUUUCCAAAAGUAGGUGAUCAUUGAGUCAUAGAGUGACACAGUGUGGAAACAGGACCUUCGGCCUAACUUGCCCACACCAGCUAACAUGUCCCAGCUACAGCUAGAUGAAAAUGCUGGAGAGGCAGCAUCUAUGGAACGAAAGAAAUAGGUAACGUUUCGGGUCAAACCCCUUCUUCAGACUGGUGUGAGGGUGGGGGGGGCGGAAGGAAGAAAGGAAGAGGUAGAGCCAGAGGGCUGAGAAGGGGAGGAGAAAGUAAGGACUACCUGAAAUGUUCAUACCGCUGGGGUGCAAACUGCCCAAGCAAAAUAUGAGGUGCUGCACCUCCAAUUUACGGUGGUCCUCACUCUGGCCAUGGAGGAGGCCCAGGACAGAAAGGUCGGAUUCGGAAUGGGAGGGGGGAGUUGAAGUGCUGAACCACCGGGAGAUCAGGUUGGUUAUUGCAAACCGAGCGGAGGUGUUUGGCGAAGCGAUCGCCAAGCCUACGCUUGGUCUCACCGAUGUAGAGCAACUGACAUCUAGAGCAGUGGAUGCAAUAGAUGAGGUUGGAGGAGGUGCAGGUGAACCUCUGCCACACCUGGAAAGACUGCUUGGAUCCUUGAAUGGAGUCAAGGGGGGAGGUAAAGCGACAAGUGUAGCAUUUCCUGCGGUUUCAUGACAAGUGUAGCAUUUCUUGUGUCCCAGCUACACUAGUCGCACCUGCCCGCGUUUGGUCCAUAUCCCUCCAAACCUGUCCCAUCCAUAUAGGGGAUGUAAUGAUUCAUGAUUAUAAAUCAUAGAAUCUGCUACUAUCAAUUCUCAUUGUUAUGAACUGAUGAAGGACAAUAAAAUGUUCCUGAUCGAAAAUAUAUUUUACUUUGGUUCCAAAUCAUACAAAGCCUCAAUCAUCACCAACAACAAACCUUGUGUAAAAAACAAUUGUCGAGUUGAAGAAGAAAUAUCAGUCAUUCUUGAAAUAAUUAACUUUUUGCCAAAGUGUUCUUCCUAUCCUUACAGUAUAGCAUCACCAUAACUAUCCAUAUCAGCAUGAAGGAAGCAUUAACGUUAAUUAUGUUGUGGAACAGCUGGAAAUUGUAAAUUCCACAACCAUUGUGGCAUGAAUAACCCCCAACUGAAACUGCAGGAUGAACUUUAAAAAAUUGCAGUAAGUUGUAGAUGGGGUGGACAAAGAUUAAGUAAUAUUCAAAUUUUAAGAGUAAUAAUAUCCUAGUUGAUGGGCAUCUUUGCUUCAAGAGGAGAAAGCUAUUUAAACUGCAUUAGCAUAUCAUUUCUAUUUAAAAGCAUUUUAUACCUCUUACUGGCACUGUUGCUUAGUGCUUGUGGUCAGAAACCAACCUCUGUCCUUCCUCAGCCUUCCCUGUUCAAUGAGGAUCAGGUCGCAUUGAAGGCCUGCAGAAGACACUACUUUUCCAAGUACCUGGGCUGAGGGAGAGCAGCAGUCCCAACACUCAGCCCCAUCUGACUUGGGUCAGGUUCCACUGGCUGGAAGGAAUGUCUCCAUGAUACCUCUGCCCAACAUUGUUCAUACCAGUCCCAACAUGUAUUCCUACCUUCAGUUACCACAGCUGUCUCUCCACCCAGACCAGAGCUCAGGAAUAUCAAGAAUCAGUACAUAUGGGGGCGGGGGUGGAGAGAGUGGAUGGGGGAAGA